AUGCUCCGCGGCCGCCGCUGCGCAGAACGCGGUCAUCCGCGCUCCUCUGCGGGUGCUUCGCUCUUCCCCGGGGAGAGCUUCACCGUAGAAGUCGAUCGUCCGGAUAGCCUCACGAACUCGCAAGAGGUCUCCGUCGCGAUCGGGCUCAUCACGUGCGUCGGGCGCGCGCCGAAUGGGACGUGCGAGGGCUUCAGCACCGCGGACCAGUUCGGGACCGUGCUCUUCGCGGGGCCGUACACGCCGAAGCUGCCGCCGGGGAGCGCGACGCUCGUGCAGAACUUCACGGUCACGGUCCCGGAGGACUUCCAGUCGGGGCCGGCUGCGCUGUCGGUGGCGCAUUCUCGCUCGUCGGGGUACGCGCUGUUCUUCCCGAGUUUGGAGGUCUUGAACAAGACCGUGAUCAUUGAGUGA